AUGACCGAUGCGAUCAUGUGGUGUACUGGACUUGUCGAAUUCCAUGUGCGUAUCAAAAAGGCUGCAGAUGCCAGGCUGGCUGCCCUUAAUAUCGGUGAACAGGCUGGUACGAGUUCUCCUAGCGAUGUGGAUGACGAGGUCCUUUAUACCAGACAGUUGAUGAAAGAGCUGAACGAGUGUCCUAAGGCAGUACGACGUACUGUAAAUAGGGCUCUCCGCGAUAUUAUGCAUCCAGACCAGUGUGGAUUCAAACAACCCGAGGAGGUCAAGAGAAGGAAGGGGCGGCCUAAGGGGGCUAAAUCAAAGAAAAAAGCAGAGGCCAACACUCUUGCCCAUGAACAAUCCCCACAGAAAAAAGCAACUCCUAAUGUGUGGGAUUACAAGGACGAGGCGCAAGGAAAGUCGACCACAGUUACUAGCGAUUCAAGUAAGAAGCACCCCUCGUCUUCAGGUGGUCGUACAGAUGCAUCCACAGAGCUCUUUGCGAGUGAUAUUUCACAGUAUGGUUGCUACGACCUCAUUCCAUGGCCCAUUCGACCAUAUAUUACCAGUUACCUUGAUGUUGGUGCCGAUGGCAAUUGUGGAUUUCACGUCAUCGCGAGUAACAUGUUUUUGAGCUAG